CUCCAGAAGUUUCAGCAGAAGGCUCUGAAGCAAACUAAGCAGAAGAAAUCCAAGUCGGCUGAAUUUCUGAUGGUUAAAGAAGCUAGAGGAGCUACGGAAGGCACUGGAAAUCCAGCUUUUAACAUGAGCAGCCCAGAUCUCUCAGCACAUCAGACUUCAGAAAAGAAAGUUAUUAGACAUGACAUGCUGGAUCGCACCCUUGCAGCUCACCAACAAAAAUUCAGGCUGCUGGCCUCUGCUGAACCAAAAGGAAAUGAAUACAGCAGAAAUUACUUUGACCCACUGACGGAUGAGGAAAUAUACCCAAGGCAGUAUGGGAUGGAGGUCAGCGGAGAGGUUGAUAAUAGAAUUCUCUAUGAUCGAUUAACAGAGCUCUUUCAUGAGAAUGGGCAAGGAGGAUCCCAAGAUGAGAGCAUCGUGGAGGAGACUUUGUGUUCUGAAGAGCUGGUGAGUUCUGGUAAGAUUCUUGGACUCUACAAAGAGGACGGUGAAGCCACCUCUGCUUACAGUGAGGAGACUGAAAGAUACGCCCAGAAAGACAUAAUUCUGCCUGGAAGUUCUUCACUGGAACAGGUCAGCACUAAAAUCUAUAUCAAGAAAUUACAGUUGACCCUUGAAUUGCACGGGGGUUAUGGGACCCCAGAAGAGUGGAAAAUUCAUGGAAUCAGGAGUCAGCCCUCUGAAUCCCCAGUUCCACAUCCUAGGAUUCAACCCACCUCUGAUGGUGUAAGUCGGUCACCUCAGCCUCUUCAAAUACAGAUGAAAUGCAAGGGUCUCAAGAACAAGGCUCCCCAAGGCUCCUACUUCCUCAAAAUGUCCCUGCUUGGUCGACCAGGUGGCCGUGUCUUGCCGUGGUGCCUGACGGAGCAGCUGAAGACCAGAACACACCCAGUGAGGCAUGAUGGAAAUUUUUAUGAUGUGGGGCUGUAUUUCCACGAAAGCCUUUAUGUGGUACUCCCGUCUAAGAAGGAUGUGAAACCUGGUGCCGCUUUCUUGUUUGAACUCAUUCUCCUUCGUGGGAAAUAUGCUUGUCUCCACCAAGUUGUGGGCUGGACAAGUUUCCCUUUGUAUGAUAGCAAUUUGGAUGUAGUGGAGGGAAAAUUCAAGUGUCCACUUCUCCGAGGGCAUUAUGACCAGAAACUUGACAACUUCAGGAAAAUUGAAGAUUUGAUUUGCUUGGACCUGGACCACUGGCUGUGCAAUCUCUACUUUCAGGUAAUUAAACUUCCUCUACAUUUGGAUGAUCAAGAAAACCAUGAAAGGUGUAUUCAGCUUCCCCCUGAAUUUCCAGUUUGUUUAAUGGUUGAAGCAGAGAAAGCAGAAUCAGGUGUCGAUAACACAGCUGGCCUUUCAGAGAAAGAAACAGAGAAAAACAUUUGUGCCUCAAGGGGUGAUGAAGCUAAAUCCUCAUCACUCUCAUCUCAAGGAAGCAUUUCUAAUAAAAUUGGUCCCUGCCCUAUGGACCGUGAUCUCAAUCUCUCAAAAGAAGACCAUGAAUUACACAAUAAGGUAGAAAGUAAUUUGGUCAUCAAAGCAGGUUUUGAAGUGCAGGGCAUAGUAAAGCAGCUGACGUUUGUGAAAUCAAAGGAAAAAUCAACUGCUUGGAAAACUGGAGAAAUUGAAGAUUAUUCUCAGGAUACAUCUUAUCUGGAGGAACUGGAGAAACACAGAUUUUCAGUUUGCUGUUCUUCAGUAGCUGAUAGUACUGGAUCUGGAGAAUUCUUCAAGCAUCUCUAUUUUGUGCUGGCGUCAGUGUUUUCAGAACUUCAGUUCGCUCAAUGGCAAAGCCAGGGCUUCUGGUACAUUAUCUUGCUGACGGCUUCUCUCUGGUUCCUGAGGCUCUACCUGCAUUACCUCAGCCAGUGGCUUUUCCUCCAGGCCAUUUCAAUUCCUGUUACAAAAUUCCAUUUUUCCCCCCUCACGGUUGAGCUCUGCUACCCAAGCUCUUUACUUCGCAUCGGAGAAGAGUUGCUUGUUGUUGUGAUGGGGCCUUUAAUGCUGAACGCAGUGGUACUUCCCUUGGUUCUGAUCAGAUGGGGCUGUCAGGUACUGUUUGCCUUCUGCCCUGAUGUCCUGUCAAAGUUAAUCAUCACCAUGGGACUAUGGACAGUUCUGGACCCACUGGCAGUGUUUAUUGUGGAUACUAUCCUGGGGCGGCUUUCACAUGACGGGGAGGCUCCUGUAGCUGAUGCAGCAAAGCUGUACUGGAUGUUUGAAAAAACCAUGCAAUCAGGAAUCCUUGGUGUGGUGCUCACGGUGCUACUUUACGUGCUCCUGUUCAUCAUUUCAUCUUUGAUUUUAUAUUUGUAUUGUCUCAGAUUGCACAAUGAUUCCUGGAUAUUAGACGCAUUUCAGCGCAUCCACAGUGAAGAAACCAAGUUUUUUAUACCAUAUGAUUUGGAGAUUUCCAAUCAGGACCUAAGCUAUAUAGUAAAAAGAUCUGAGCAAUGGAGAGGACUCAAUGGUGAGAGAAGGAAGGUGAGUUGGUUUGAAGUAGAUUUGUGUUUUGACUGCACGAAAGAAGCUCAUUCCCUUAGCAUAUCAGUCAGCUGUUAAAUUUUCUCACAUUGUUUUUUGAAGCCAUUUACUAUUGUAUUUGAUCACCACCACUGUACAAAUCUUGCCGCUCAAUUGUAUGUUUAUUUUUUUAUUAGUCGAGAUGAGGAGACAUGACCAGAUGGUACUUAUAGUUCAGCACUCUUAUUUUCUUAUAAAAAUAUUUAUUGAUACCUGCCAUAUACAUAUAUGUAUGUGUAUAUGUAUGUGUAUAUGUAUGUGUGUGUGUGUAUAUAUAUAUAUAUAUAUAUAUAUAUCAAAAUACACAACGGUUAUGAAGAACAUAAAAGAAUGAGUUUCCACACAUGACAAGAUUUUCAGCUUUAAAGUGACUUUGAGUGAACAGGAGGGAAGGGAUAUUACUUCUGCCUUUCUCCUUUGAUGCUUUUGUUAGUCAGUCCCCUAGACUAAUUUCCCUCUUUCAGGAGAAAUCUCCUUUGCCUUUUUCAUUGGCUUCACCAGGCUCUUACGUGUUAGCGUCUCCCAGGGUUCUGUACUUGGUUUAUUCCUUGUCUGGCUCUCCAUAGUUCUUUGAUAAACCUCCUUUCAAACUGUGUCUUCCAUCCGGCUGAAGAUGAUCAAAUACGUGUCUCCAGGAUACACCUCCUUUCUGAGUCCCCCCAAAAUACAAUCCAGCAGCCUACUUGAUAUCUCCAGAUGAAUGUCCCGAAUUUACCUAAAACCUAGUAUGGUCCAAACAAAAUCGACUUAGUUAAUUAAUUAAUGCAUACAUUUUACCUGUGCCAUUUACACUUCCAUAAUCUCUGUACUUGGCAUUUUCAUGUACUCUGAAUCACAAAGAUCUAAAACUCAAGAGUUUUUCUAGACUUUUCUUUGUCUUCCUUAAUAUCUCCCCUUCUCUAUUCCAUUUGCUACCACCUAUGUCUAGGACCUCAAUACCCACCUUCUGAAUGACAGCCAUACUUUGCCAAUGGCUUUCUCUGCCUUCAAUCUCAUGCUACAGUUGCCACAUUGUUGCACUGUCCAUGAAUUCAUUCUCGUCUCUUGUCAAAAUAGUAUUUCUAAAAUGCAAGUCUGACCCUGCAGUCCCCUGUCAUAAAACCUUCAAUAACUUCAUACUAUUGUGUGUUUGCCAUCUGAUUCUUUUCUACCUCUCCAGUGACAUCUCCUGUGUGCUCAUCUCUCCCAUCCUUUCUGAACAUUCCUCUUACCAAAUGCUUCUUAGCAAAAUAUGAGGAGGCCAUAUAAAAUACGGAUAAUUUGCUAAAUAUGUCAUACUGUUUCACAUUACCGUACAUUCCUCUCUGUUUGGAAAGACAGCCUCCCAACUCCUCACGUACCACCGGGCAAACAAACUAUUCUCCAGGGCUCAGUUUGAGUGUUUUCUCGGUGGAGCUGCCAGAGACAACCAUCUCCUUUUUGCUAAAGCUGCCUGUUUUACUUGACCUUUCCAGCAUCUAACACACAAUCUAGGGAUUAACUCCCCGUGUGUUCCUCUUCCUCUUUAGACGAAGACUGCUUGUGUAAUAAACCAAUAGUUUCUCCAUCUUUGUGUCCUCAAGCCCUAACAGGGUCUGCAGAAUAAUAGUACAUUUUUAUUGUCUAUUUUUUCAAUACAUAAAAGAAUGUGUGCAUAACCCUUGAAUUAUUAAACAUAUUUAAUCUGCCCGUAUAGUAGACAUAAAAUCUACCUCAUCCUCUUCUCUACUUGAUAGAAACCUAAACAUUAGCUUUUAAAAAAAUUCCACAUGGGUUUACUAACAAUAUACUCAAUAUGUCUUGAAUUUUCUUAAUUUAAUAAUUAGUUUAAAUUACAGCAGACAUUUUCAAGACCACUGUCCUUGACUUGAAGUAAAACAGUUUUUACUUUACCUUAUAUUCAUUUUGGUUUCUUCUUCAAAAAUCCUUGACUAACAGCAUACUUUUUAAAAGGCCAAAGUGGUUGAAAUGAUCCUAAAAGUCAAGCAAACAGCACUUUCUCUUUAGGAUAAUUUCAAAGUGCCUGUUCAUUUUAUUUUGUCAUUAAGUUUCACAACAUGGAAGUUUAGAAAUUUGGAAGGCAACCAAACUUAUGUACCAAAAUGAUUUGAGUUGAACAAGAGAAUACAGAGAAAAAUAGAGAAUUAUUUUAGCUAGAGAAGACAGAGAAUGAGAGAUGGGGGAGAAUGGGAAGAACAGGAGGAGAGAGAGGAGAAGAGGGAGGGAGGGAGAAGUCAACUAGUGCUUAAGUGCUAGAAGGAAAAUUAAAGGAGAUUGUGAAAUUCCUUAAUUCUUUAAAAUUAAUAUUUAUUCUCUUCUUUGUAAAAUGGCUUAGCUGACACGUGAUGGACAAGAGUAGAACUCAGGAAGAGAGUGUCACUUGAGUUUCUAGUCAAUCAUGCUGACUGUGUGUCCACAUUCAGAUGGAUCAGAGAAAAGACAAUUUGAUUAAAUGUAACCAAAGUAAACGAUUUAAUCAAAGGCAUUUUUGUCUUAAGUAAAAUAUUUUGGCUUAGAUUCUGUUGAGCCAUUACCAGAAGUUAAUACAUCUGGAUGAAUUGCUGCUGUUCCUUUCACAGCACAGACUCAGCAUCCAUCAGUGAUGAGACUCAUAGAGAUGUGUAUGCAAAUCAUUUGAAAAUCUGUAGAACACCUGUUAUUUCUUGCUGUUGGAGUGAUGUUUGUUAAGCACACAGAAACAUUCUCAAAGUUAAAUGAUAGACGUAUAUAUUUUAUUUGUUUGUCACAUCUCUUCAUGACCUGGUGUUUAUACUAUGAAGCCUUUCUCUUCCUUAUGAUU